AUCGAACGAUUGUCCUAAAUGACACGUGUAAGAGAUAGUAUGUGGAAGUGAAACGACUAGGCUACUCAAAAAAAAAGUUUCCUGAGCUAAUAUCAAGCAAUCGUGUUUUGCCAACAUGGAAUCGCAUUGAUUCGUUAUUCAGGGAACACAGAAACGCAGAUGGCAAAGUCAAAAAGUAAGUGUCUCAAAGUGCUGGUUUGAGGAAUUUUAUAAUCUGAAAAACAAAAAGAAAAUUUCUAUUGAGCGGGUACGAAGCAUCUUCAUGAAGGAGGAGAACACAUCAUGGGUUAUUAGUAAAACAGAGGAAAAUAAUAAUAAUUAAAAAAAGAAAAAAGAUCAUCAAAAUAUGGAAAUUGGGUUGGCUAAGUUGAUCGCUGACACCAUCGCCUCUGCAUCAGAAGCUGGAUUCAGAAGCAGCAAGGCUCGUAACAGUUUUCAAUGGGGUGGAACCGUCUUUGCCUUGUUGUUGUUGAUUCUGAACCGAACAGGGAACGGAUCACCUACGCAAACUACCCUUCUAGUAUUGUUUCUCUUUACAAGUUUUCCCAAUGUUUUCUUUGAAAUUUUAAGAGGGCAAUUUGGUUAUUGGAUUUCCUUUCUUGCUGUUGCAGCUAACCUCUUCUAUCCGCAAACUUUUCCAUUUUCGCGGUUCAUCCUAUUUGUCAUCAUACCUGAUUGGCUUGCCAAUGGACUGCGUGUUAGUAUUGCAGGUAGCAUCUUCUGUCUCAUAAUCAUAGUUUCACUCAUCGUCACAAAGCUUCAAGGAAUUGCAAGAAAUAUUCAUUGUGAAUUCACUUGUCAUGGUUUUACUUACUGUCUCUGUAUAGCCUUUCUCAUCUACUUCACAAUAUUGUAUAUAUGCUUGGAAUCUUGGUAGAAGAAAGUAACAUUCUAUCGGUUUGUGGCUGAUUGUAUCUUUCUAGUGCUUCAAUAUACAAGAAUGAGAAUGAAUUUUCUUGACCAGUUUCUUACUGUGCAUCAAUUUCUUAGUCCCUAGUCUUAUUCCGGUAUUCUCUGCGUAGUAUCCACAUGAGAGAGAGAGAGAGAGAGAGAGAGAGUUAUAUAACUUGACAUUUGAUUCUCUAAAUUACUUUUUAGCACUGAAAGAUUACAAUGUCGGGACAAAAGUGCAAGAACCUCAAAUGCUGAUAAUAGCUAGAAGCUGCUAAAUCCUUGGCCUACACAUUGAAGAGUAGUCUCAUCGAUAGGGAAUCGGGGGCCAAAAAGUUGUUCGUUGGCGUUGUUUUGUUCUGCUAAGCUGAUAGCGCUUAUGCCGCUAGGAUGGAACGUGCAGAGUUGUGGGGCCCCUUGUAAGGUUGUCACUGGACACUCUCACGUUCUAUAAUUUAGAAUUAUUGCCAACAACUUUGUCGCGUUAAUGAGGGGCUUACGAUCCGGAAGAAAUAUUUUGGUGAAUAAUGAAAAGACUUAUAGCACAGGAUCAUUACCUCUCUAGGCUCUAGUCAUUGGAGCUUUUCUACUUGGUUACAUAGUUCAUAUUUGUUUGAUGAACCUUUUUCCAGUUGACGUGCACACAAACCUAAUUUUUGGCCCCCGGAUGCUAAGUUAAAAGCCUGAACCAGCACAGGUUUAAUUUUAAAUUGUUAAAAGUCUUGACUUGGACAAAGUUUCUUUGUUAAGGUGCAAUGAAAUUUCGAUAGGAGUUUAAGGAAGCCAUGUUUGACUUUUGUUCAAACGAGGACAGAGAAAAAUUAUGCAAGUCAAACCAUGACCACGAAGGAAAUAUGGUCAAACAAGCAACCUUCUGAUUUCGCCCCUGUUUCCAUUAAUAAUUUAUGGCCAAUUUCAAUAUCCAUUGCCAAACUUGUAAAAUUUUGCCAUAACCUCUUUCAAUUCAGAUUUUUCAAGCAAAAAUGGGUUUGCUCAGUUUCAUAACCGUUGUCAUUCUCUCCAUGUUAUGUAGCCCUUGUUUUACUUCAGCUCAGCAGCUUUAUGUUGGACAAGCCAUUACAGAUUGUAAUAAUCCGGAUAUCACACCUGCUGUUUUUGGAUACGAGUACAAUGGAGUAAACACGAGUUGCCAAACAUACCUUACAUUCAGAUCCAACCCUCCUUACAACAAUGUUUCUGCCAUAUCUGAUCUCUUGGCUUCCGACCCAUCUCAGCUCUCUGAAAUUAAUGAAGUUUCCGAGACAGAAACGUUUGAUACAAACAGAUUGGUGAUUGUUCCGGUCAACUGCUCCCGUUCCGGUGAGUACUAUCAAAGAAACACAUCUUAUGUUAUCAAGGAAGCUGCAGGAUAUUUGUUUAUUUCCAAUAACACCUUGCAAGGCCUCACAACCUGCCAGGCUAUUGCAAAUCAAAACCCAGGUUUGACUUCUUCGAAUCUAAGUAUUGGUGCAAGGCUCAAUGCUCCUCUUAGAUGUGCUUGUCCAACAAAGAACCAAAGUGAUUUGGGUAUCAAAUAUCUAAUGAGUUAUUUGGUCGCUGAAGGUGAUGAAGUUUCACUAAUUAGCCAAAGGUUUGGUGCAGAUACUAAGCUAACUUCUGAAGCUAAUAGCCUUCCUAAUACUAACAUCAAUCCCUUUACCACAUUUUUGGUUCCUCUUGAAAACCCACCAUCGGUUUCUCAAACCAUAGAGCCACCGCCUCCACCGUUGUCUCCACCGCCGCCUCCCACCCCUACCUCCACCUCCAAUAAGAGCUCAAGUAAAACAUGGCUUUAUGCCCUUAUUGGGGCUCUUGGAGGAAGUGCUUUAAUAUUGGUACUCGGCAUUGUUUUUUAUUGCAGGGUCUUCCGAAGAAGUAAGAAGAAAACAGAUUCCAUUACUGUUUCGGAAAGCUUUGGGGCAUUUGAAAAACCACAAGAAAAGAAGACAGACCAAGAAUCCAAGGAUUUCUUGGAUAGUAUAUCUGCUGACAUUGCUCUAUCCCUCAAAACUUACAGAUUUCAGGAACUACAGAAUGCAACCAACAAUUUCAGCACUAGUAAUUGGAUUAAGGGAUCUGUUUACUGCGGAACCAUCAAUGGGGACUCCGCAGCCAUCAAGAAAAUGGAUGGAGAUGUUUCAAAAGAGAUAAAUUUAUUGCACAAGAUCAACCAUUCCAAUCUGAUUCGUCUUUCUGGAGUUUGUUUCAGUGAUGGUUAUUGGUAUCUUGUUUAUGAGUAUGCUGCAAAUGGACCUUUGAGUGACUGGAUCUAUUAUGACAUCAAUGAUGGAAAGUUUCUCGAUUGGGGACAGAGAAUUCAGAUUUUGUUAGAUGUGGCCACAGGGCUCAAUUAUCUUCAUAGCUACACUACUCCUUCCCAUGUCCACAAGGAUAUAAAGAGCAGCAAUAUCCUUUUGGACACUGAUUUCAGGGCAAAGAUUGCAAACUUUGGUAUGGCGAGGUCAGCUGAAGGUCAGGAAGACCAUUUUUCCUUGACAAAGCACAUUGUUGGAACCAUAGGUUACAUGGCUCCGGAGUAUUUGGAACAUGGUUUGGUCUCAACGAAGCUCGAUGUGUAUGCAUUUGGGGUUCUCAUGCUGGAGACACUCACUGGGAAAGAGGUUGCAGUGUUAUAUGAGGAGAACAAGCACUUAUCUGAUGUGUUGAAUGCAGUGCUUAAGGAUGAAGAUGGACAAGAGAGUUGGAGGAACUUCAUGGACCCUUCUUUGCAGGAAAGAUAUCCUUCAGAGCUAGCCAAGUUUUUGGUCAAGUUGAUUGAUAAUUGCUUAGAGAAAAAUCCAGCUGUUCGCCCUGCCAUGGAUGAGAUUGUGCAGUUACUCUCACGAACCAUGAACAAUUCAAUGGCAUGGGAAUUGUCGAAUGUGUGAUGCUACCAAAAAGUUUUCUGUUGGAGCUUCCUUGAUGAUAUUGAAAGUGAAAGAAUCUCUCAAAGUAUUUAAUUUUAGUAUCAUUUGUUCUCUCCGUCUCCUAUUUCUUGAUCAUCAUAUUUAUAUCAUUUAUUAUGUAAAAUGUUCUGAAAUUAUAUAAUAUAGCAACCUUAAAUCUUUUGAAGUUUCUCAGAAGUAUAGCAAAUAAAAUCAUACAAUUCUUAUUCA